GUGAAGCUUUUCAAUAGAGACAGCCAGAGCUUAAGAGCGAGGAUUGCCUAAGAUAGAUUCUUCUGGAGACAAACCUGUAGCCACUGCAAUCACUAGCAAUCAACAGGGUAGAUAUACGGACAGACGUGGGUCUCGAUCUGCGCUGAGAUUUUGCGAUGUUUGACCCAGAUGUGAGAGAGAGACUUCAGUCUGACUCGGACUGCUGAGGUGCUUCCACCACUUUAAUGCAGAGACAAAAUGGGAAGUCUGAAGGACGAGAUGAGAGGUCUCAAAGAAAACCACAAGCCUUGUGAGAAGACAGAUGAUGACGAGCGUCCAGGCGGCUCAGAUGGCAGCGCCGAACCAGAGGGACCUCAGGCAAACACGAGUGAAGAGUCAACAACUCAUCAGCCAAAACUUAACAUGAAUGCCAGCGACGUUGGAGAAAGAGACCAGAAUGCUACAUCCAAAGAUGAAGCGCUUUCAGGAGGGGGUUGUGUUAGAGACUCCACGCAGACUGAAGCCAUUCCUCUGACACAACAGCCUGAAGAUGAUAAAACAACAACAGCACAUAACAACACGACAAUCGCUAAUAGGUUCCUGAGCGAUGGAGAUGGAGAUGGGGGAAUUAAGGAGGAGACGUCUACGGAUAAAAAUCUGGGUCAUGUCAGAGAAAAAGGGGCAGCUGUUGAAAAUAUAUUGGUGCCUGUGACAGCAACUCCUGGCCCCUCAGACCCGCGGUCCCCAGCUCCUGCUGGCCAGCACCACAUGCGCACACAGGUGAGCCUGGAGGUGGUCCAGUGUCGCUCUGCAGCCACCAGCCCCAUGACGCCUCCUGAGGGCAGCCAUUCCUUCUUCUUCCCCAGCUCCUUUGAGAAGUCCGGAGCUGUGGUUUCUGACACUAAAGACGCUGAGCUACAGGUGGGUCAGCAGGUGGAGUUCUGCUCUGUGGCCACAUCUCCCAUGACCCCAAAGACGCCCUCAACCACAGCUUUCCCAGUGCUCAUCGGCAGGGAGAUGGUGCAGAAGGAGGAGAAAGUGAAAGAGGCGCAGAGGGAGAGCGGCCAAGAGUGUUUCCCCAUGACAAAAAGUCUGGAAGAGGCUGAGUCAGAGAUAACUGGAGCUUUGAAAUUUACCACAUCACAGGAGCCGAGUGAGGGCUUCAGCUCAAAUACAUCCCCAGAGAGCUCUGGGAGCUGCACUGCUGCCGGGUUAAUAGUUUCAAAAGUAACUCUGGAGGAUAGUAAUCAGCAGUGUAAGCAGCAGAGGAUGGGAAGUAUGGAUCAAGACAUUACAAUCCUGGUGACGCACUAUGGCAACAAUGACGGGGAAGAGGAGGGGAAGGCUGAGUCGUGUUAUCCCAUUGAGACAGAGAUGGUCAAAAUAGAUGAAUAUGAGGAAGAAAGAGAGAACAAUUGUGAUGGAAAGGAAAAUAUCUCUCCACAAAAUGAAACGCAAGAACCCUCUGUUCCUGCAGCUGACAAACCAAAAACAGUCGUGAAAGCUGAAAAUCCAGAGGUGAAGGAAAACAAAGUUGCAUGUGGAGAGUUGAGAGAAGUGACGAAGCCUCCUGUCCCUGAAUCUCCAGCUCCCUUCGGCUGCCACAACAUCCGCACGCAGGUGAGCCUGGAGGUGGUGCAGUGUCAGUCCGUGGCUACCAGCCCCAUGACCCCUCCUGAGGGGGACCACGCAUUCAACUUCCCGAGCACUUUAGGGAGAAGUGAAGGUGUGGCCACAGAGACUGGAGACGCUGAGCUGCAGUUGGGUCAACAGGUGGAAUAUCGCUCUGUUGCUACAGCACCUAUGACCCCGAGAACGCCCACCACCAUGACUUUUCCUGAGAUCAGGAAGGAUGCGAGCGUAGAGGAGAAGAUAGUGGAGGAGGAGGAAGAGGAUAAAGAGGAGCUGGUGGUGGAGGACAAGGAGGAGGAGAAAGUAAGCGAAGAGAAAAAGGUGGAAGCAGCUGAAGAGGACACAAAGGAGGAAGGGAAUUGUAAGGAGAAAGGUGAUGAGCCGGUGCAGGAGGUGAGCUGGGAUGAAAAGGGGAUGACGUGGGAGGUGUACGGAGCGGUGGUGGAGGUGGCUGUGCUGGGCUCAGCCAUCCAGAAACACCUGGAGAAGCAGGUGAAGAAGCAGAAGCCCUCCAUGCCUCCACCUCCUCCGCUCAACCCCUCAGCCAUGCCUCUCUCUCCAGAGUCCAUCCAGGGUGUUUCCAGCUCGGGUUCUGGUUCUGGUUCAGGUUCGGGUAAGGGUAAAGGCCGGGCGAGGAAGAGGGGAGAGCAAGAUGGAGAGGUGAGCCGACGCAGGAGAAACCCUUUUCGUCUUCUGAUGGAGAACAUGCAGCAGCCACAUUGUUGCUCCAGAGCUCACACCGCUGAGUGACACGAGAAUCCUGUGGAGAAAACAACAGCUGGUUGGAGAAAAGAAA